AUGGUCGCAUUCGGCUGCGUGGCCUUUCUAAAGCAUGCUAGAAAUCAGUUUCUGAAGUUGCCAACAAAAGAAGGUGAUGUGCAAACAGGUGCCGCCAUGUCGGUAAAUGAUCCAUCGAAUGGCGUCAUUUCGAGUUUGGUAGGCUUAACCAGCGACGCUGAUAUUGCGGAAAUCACGGAAGUUCAGAAAGAAACGCUGUCGCGUUUAGAGAAAAGCAACGAAAUGCUGAUCAACUGCAUGGCAUUGACUUCUUCUUCGUUUGACUCUGCUCGUAAACAAGUCGAUUAUUAUGCGGAUAUGAUUGCUGAAAUGAAACGGGAUUUGGAUGAAAUAUUUCAUCGAAUAAGGAAAUACAAGCGGGCAUAUGUAAGCAACGUUUCGACCGAGGAAGGUAUAUAUUGUAACUGUGUUCUUAUGCCGGUUCUGCGAAACAACUAUUUCAACGAACAGUCUUACUUAAUAAAAUAA